AUGUCGUUCCCAAUCGCCUUCCAGUCUGCUGUCUUUUAUGUCAUAGCUUGCACGCCAUGCGCCAAGGUACGGCAUAGGCACAAAGUCAAGGAAAGGGCUAAGAAGGAGAGAGAGGAGAAGGAGAAAAUCCAUAUGGAGCAGCCGGACCUGUACCGCCACCCGUCGCCGUUCAAUACCAACCCAUACUGGCAUGAGGAGAUGAGCAUGGGUCCCAGUCUACCCAAGAAGUCUAGCAGCAAGAACUCAAGUCAACGAGGCCUUACAAGCUCGGGGAGGGAUAGCGAAGUUCUAAGUGUAUCCGACCGUACCAAUGGCGCUGACAGUCGGAUAAACUUUGGUGAACCAGUACAUGUUGUUACCAGCGCUGACGAUGACGACCACUGGAAUAGGCGCCACGGGUACCAAAGAGAAGACGAAGAGUUGUGGGGGCAAUGGCCAGGGCACAGGCUCAAAGAUGCCUUUUCCAAAGCCAGAAACUCGGCGGGAAAGCUCAUCGAGUCCACCAUGGGAGUGGAAAAGGAGGUCACGGACCAGGAGCGUCGCGAUUUCUACUUUGCACCCAAGAACCCUCCUGUGAAUGACUAUCACCCCCCAGUCGUGAGCAGUAAAAUACCGAACCGAAAUGCCCACCAAUGGAUGCUUCAGCCUCCUCCUUCAGCAAAGGUCAUGGAAGGCAAGAUUCCCGUGAGCCGGGCGGCCAGUAACGGCAGCCGAUCGAGUGGUUUUACUGGCGGUGGAGACGAUGUGAGGCUGAGUCGUGUUGUGCAGGAGAGGCUUGUUAAGGAGAAGCUCAUGAAGCAGACGAGCCCAACCGAAGCAGAGUUGAUUGAAUCACUAUUUGUGACACGCAGUGGCCGGUCUCAGAGUCUACGCAGGAGCCGGAGCUUGUCCCUGGAUGAUGUCGAUGAGUCGGUUGAGCGCCCAUUUGAGAGGCGCCAGAGUCAUAAGAUACGCCCAAUGACGAAUCCCUCGUCCGAACUGGAUUCUGACGACGACACAAUCCCCGCAACGAAGCCAAGGCCAUUAUCUCAUCUUGGCUACCAUGGUCAUGCCAUCCAACGCCCGAAACUUGACACAAUCAUAAGCACUGAGUCUGAUAGUAGUGCCCGCCUGCCACGAAAAACUUCGAGACGUCAAAAGCCUUCAAAGCUGAAAAUUCGCACCAGAAGUGAUUCACCCGUCAGUGACGACAGCGACUAA